UCUCCGCCGACGUCCCCAAGGCUGAGGGUGGGUGUGUCGGUCAGGAGGAGUCGUCUUUGUGAGCCCGCCCCGGCAGGGAGGACCUGCCUGGCUCAGGCCUCGCCCACCCGGAGGAUCUUGGGGCUGGUCUGGGUCAGCUCCUGAGAUGUGACCACCCGCCCCACCGGGUCCCCUAAUCCCUUCCUACCACUGCUUGAUCCGGCUCAGCCAGGAGGUGUUUGCAGCAGCUCUUUCUGAAAGUCCAGCCAUCUGUUACCUGCGUUGCUUCCUGGGGAGGGAUAGUCCACCUCGGGGCAUUCGGAGACCCGGUGAUAGUGCUCCGCGGAGCCUGGGCUGUGCCCUGCGUUGACUGUCUCAUCCUCCGAAUCCCAAAUGCCAGCUGCAUGAGAGGAGGGAUCCACCUUCUUGUCCCCCGCCUGGAAGAGAAAGAGCUGGCAUUGCGCAGGAGAGGGCUGGACAUGUCUGAGGCACUGCCCUGCCCGGGCAAGGAGACGCCCACCCCAGGCUGCAGGCUGGGGGCCCUGUAUUGGGCCUGUGUCCACAAUGAUCCCACUCAACUCCAAGCCAUACUGGAUGGCGGGGUCUCCCCAGAGGAGGCUACCCAGGUGGACAACAAUGGGAGGACAGGCCUCAUGGUCGCAUGCUACCACGGCUUCCAGAGUGUUGUGGCCCUGCUCAGUCAAUGUCCUUUCCUUGAUGUGAACCAGCAGGACAAAGGAGGAGACACGGCCCUCAUGUUGGCUGCCCAAGCAGGCCACGUGCCUCUGGUGAGUCUCCUGCUCAACUACUACGCCGGCCUGGACCUGGAACGCCGGGACCAGCGGGGGCUCACGGCGUUAAUGAAGGCUGCCAUGCGGAACCGCUGUGAGUGCGUGGCCACCCUCCUCAUGGCAGGAGGUUGCAACACAGGCCUCCCUGAUUCCACCUUCAAUGGGAUGGGACUCUAUGGCUUUGAAUGUGCUGACCUGACAGCAGUGGACCCUGUUCGGGGCAAGACGGCCCUGGAAUGGGCAGUGCUCACCGACAGUUUUGACACUGUGUGGAGGAUUCGGCAGCUGCUGAGAAGGCCCCAAGUGGAGCAGCUUAGCCAGCACUACCAGCCCGAGUGGCCGGCCUUGUCUGGGCUCGUGGCUCAGGCCCAGGCCCAGGCCCAGGUUGCCCCUUCACUCCUAGAGCGGCUGCGGGCUACCUUGAGCCUCCCCUUUGUCCUGUCUCCUCAGGAGGGGGGUGUUCUGGACCACUUUGUGACUGCCACAACCAGCCUGGCCAGUCCCUUCAUCACCACUGCCUGCCACACUCUGUGCCCUGACCACCCACCUUCCCUGGGCACCCGAAGCAAGUCCGUGCCAGAGCUGCUAGGCACUGCCCCACCCCCUCCCCUGGUUCCCCAGUCCCCACCAGGGAGUCCCCAGAGGUCCCCGUGGGUCUUUGUCCCCUACCAGAGCCCUCAGGGCAUAUUGAGCAAGUGCCUUCAGUGGCUACAGCCCAAGGAUAGCACCAGCCCCAGGCCCCAAGUCCCCAAGAUCCUCCUCUCCAAGGCAUCCUCAUCGCCCCACCAGUGCUGGCCAAAGCCCAGUCCUGCCGGACAUCAAAGUCUGGCCCUUCCUCUCUGGCGAUACCAGGAGCUCAGGAUAGAGAAGAGGAAACAGGAGGAAGAGGCCAGAAUGGCACAGAAGUAGGGGAAGAUGGGAUAGGACAGGCUGGGAACAGGUAAUCAGGGACCCCCCCCCCAGGCUUCUUUCCCCUCCGGAGUGCCUCCGGCCUCCCCAUCCACCUCUGCCUAAGUAAAUCUGCUCUCAACCUAUAUACAUACAAGGUCAUUCAUUCCAGCAUUGUUUGCAAGAGUGAAAGAGUGGAAACACCCGAAGUGUCCAUCAGUAAGGGACUGGCUAGACUGAUUAUGGAUAUAAUUGCUGUCUACCCUUACAGUGCAUACUCGACAGUGUUUCUAAAAUAAGACUAACGAAGCUGUUUAUAUUCUGAUACGAAACUACCAUCAAGAUAUAUAAAGUAAAAAUAACU